AUGGCUGUUUGGCGAUCAAAAGAAGAACCCCUUUUACUACCAAAAGACAGGUUUAAAAUAAUGUUUGCAGUACAUUGGCGAGGAUUUCUUUGUGUAUUGGUGCCUAUAUUAGCGAUCGUUGUACUGCUACCCCUUCCAGCUCAACCAUAUCAAUGGACAGCCUACUGCCUUGUUGUGAUGGCCAUAUUCUGGGUAACAGAGUGUAUUCCGUUACCCGUGACCUCUUUUAUACCGGUAAUAAUAUUCCCUCUCAGCGGCGUUUCAAGUACAGCGGAUGUGUGCAAGGCAUAUGUUAAUGAUUCAGUUUUCAUGUUUCUGGGAAGUUUGAUACUAGCAUAUUCAGUGGAGCAGUCAGGCCUUCACAAGCGUCUUGCUUACUGCGCGAUUCGAGCUAUUGGUUACUCACAUGUCAAAUUGCUUACUGCGAUGUGUAUAGUUACCACUUUUGUUUCAAUGUGGAUAACGAAUACGGCUGCUACCACUAUGAUGGUACCGAUUAAUUUUGCCGUAUUAAAAGUCUUCGAAGAACAAAAGUUGCUUAAAAUAUAUGAUACAACUAGUGAUGGUGAAAAAAUAGCGUCUGAUAUCACAACAUGCUAUUUCUGCACAGCCACUUACUCUGCAACAAUUGGAGGCAUCGGAACGCUUGUCGGAACAGCGACUAAUUUAGUAUUCAAAGGACUUUUCAUAACACGAUUUCCCGAUGCACCAGAAUUGCUCUCAUUUCCGAAGUUUUCAGCGUUCGGCGUUCCGUAUAUGAUAGUAUUGGAUUUCUUUAUGCUUAUGUAUAUGUUGAUAGUUUAUAUUGGAGUUCUACGGCCUAAAAGUGAAACAGCUAAAAUGUCAAAAAUAUCACCGGAAGGUAUGGCUGCUGCGGAGAAAACAGUUGAGUCGGAUUACGCUAAACUAGGAAAAGUUAGCUUUUGGGAAUUUAUGGUCAUUAUCUUGUUUGGCGGCGCAAUGGUGGCGUUCUUCUGUCGCUCCCCUCAGAUAUUUGUAGGGUGGGGUGAUGUCAUCAAUAACUAUUUCGACUUGAAUGACGAGAAAUUCGUACGUGAUUCUGCUUUAGCUGCGCUUGUUGCAUUCAUGAUGUUUCUAUUCCCGUCAAACCUCUUAUUUUUCAGGAAUUGUAAAGCGAAAUAUCACGAAGAUUUUCCCAAAACAAGAGUAGCGUCGGUCUUAAAUUGGAAGAGUCUGAUGGCAGAGUUACCUUACAGUUUUACUUUUCUACUUGGUGGCGGUUUUGCUCUUUCCGAUGCGGCACGAAAGACUGGCCUCAAUGAGAAAAUUGGAGAAUUCCUACAAGCGCUGAAGGGCUUACCGAAUAUUGUUGUGCUAUUGAUUCUAAUCACAUUUGUUGUAGUCGUAACCAAUAUUGCUUCAAAUGUCGCCGUGUGUAAUGUUCUCACACCUAUAUCAAUGCAAUUGGCGAAGGAGAUUGGUCAAAAUCCAUUAUGGUACGUGAUAGCGUCUGGUUUGUCUUCAUCCUACUGUUUCUUGUUCCCUGUCGGAACACCUGGCAAUCUUGUUGUGCAAAGCGCUGCAAAAAUACCUACACGAAAAAUGAUAAAAGCCGGCCUUGGGCCUACAAUAACUACGAUAAUUAUAACUUGGCUGGCUGUCUACUUUUACGCUCCUAUAAUCUGGCCGUCACUACAUUCGAUGCCCGAAUGGGCAUAG